CUUGUGCGGCCCUGAUUGAAGCACGUUUUUAAAUGCCGGCACAAAACAAAAACGACAAUUGAUUGCUCGCAAUGUUUAUGAACGCCAAUUUAUUUGAACCGGGUAAAUCCAAACCCGAACGUGUCUUUGUACAGAGUGCUGCGAAACAAAACACGCGCUUCGAUGGCCGCAAAACUAGUGAAUUUCGCGAUGUAAAACUCAAUUUUGGCGCCGAUUGGGGCACAGUCACAGUGUCCAUGGGUGACACGAUGGUGUUGGCGCAAGUCAGUUAUGAUAUCGGCACGCCAACGAGUGCACGACCCAACGAAGGCACGCUGCACUUGAAUGUGGACAUCAAAGGAGUGUCAUAUCUAGAUGAAGCACAAGCGACGUACGAUCAGCGCUCCCUGACACUCAAUUCACUGUUGGAACGAACAUUUCGUAGUUCUCGCUGCCUGGAUCUGGAGUCGUUAUGCAUUGCCGUUGAGCAGCAUGUGUGGUGUGUGCGUGUGGACAUCAACGUGCUCAAUCAUGAUGGCAAUCUUUAUGAUGCUAGCACAAUUGCAACGCUGGCAGCAUUGAUGCACUUUCGACGUCCCGAUGUCUCGUAUAUUGACGAUCAAAUCCGCACGUAUAGCGAAAGGGAACGGGAACUCAUGCCGCUACUCUUUCUGCAUUAUCCCGUCAGCGUUACGUAUUGUGUGUACAAAAGUACUCCACAGCCGCUGGUUGAUCCCACGCUGUUGGAGGAGAAUGCUGCCGAUUCUAUCAUUGUCUUGAGCUUCAAUUCAUACCAAGAGCUGUGCACACUCAAUGCGGGUGGCACUGCACCCACCAAUGUACGCACCAUCAUGCAGUGCGCACACAGCGCCGCCAGAAGAUCAAAAGCUCUCGUGCAGUUCGUGCGCAAAGCAUUGGAGCUAGAUAUGGAGAAACGACAGCAAUCCAAGCAUGUGGCCGGUUUGAUUGAUCUACUUGACGGCUCAUUGAGCAAAUUCAGCUUCAAACGUUUGAUGGAGCAAGAGCAACCGAUGGAAGUGGAUGCAGUGCAACCAAGCCAAGCCAGCAGAGCAGAGUCUGAGCAAAAGCCUGAGAAGAUGACAAUUGAAGAGCAGUCGCAAGCUGGUCAGAAACCAGCUGUCAAGGAUGACAGCAGCUGGCUGCCAGAAGGAAAUGAUGUCACACAAGAACAGCAAAAUACUGAACAAAUUGUUAAAGAAAACGCAGCGAAGAACACCAAGGCUACUAAAUCGAAGCCAAAUCGGGGAAAGAACAAAGCUGGCAAAAAACAAGCUGCGGCCAAAAAACAAAAUCAAAGCGAUUCUGAAGAGGAGGCCACACAUAUCAUUUGAUAAAUGAUUGUUGCUCCGAAAUUGUAAUUAUUACGUUUUAAAUAGUUAUAAUAAUGUGCACAUUAUGAUGAGAUGAAUGUCUAUUUAAGAAUAGUGUUUUAAGAGUAAA